GGUGGAUUCUGACCGAGCUUCUAAUGGCUCUAUUGUUUGUGUUUCAGAUCAACCUGAGGCUCAUCUUGGUGAGUGGAAAAACAAAAGAGUUCCUGUUCUCGCCAAACGACUCAGCGGCCGACAUCGCCAAGCACGUGUAUGACAACUGGCCAAUGGACUGGGAAGAGGAACAAGUGAGCAGUCCGAACAUCCUGCGCCUCAUCUAUCAGGGCCGAUUCCUACACGGCAAUGUGACGCUAGGAGCUUUAAAACUGCCUCUCGGAAAAACCACAGUGAUGCAUUUAGUUGCCAGAGAGACGCUGCCCGAGCCAAAUUCCCAAGGUCAGAGGAACCGGAAAAGACUGGAGAGCAACUGUUGUGUGAUCCUGUAAAUACAUCCCAUCAUCCCUCAGAACGAGUGUGUCCUGUCACCCUUCGUCCAUGCUGCUUAAACACAAUUAAUCACACCCGACUCCCACGAGCACCUGACCAGAACAAGAGCUUCACUUCUCCUGGAAAGGAAAAAAAAAAAUCACCCGAGAAGAUUUCGGCUUCGCACAGUCCGUAUUUAAGCCAAAAGAUGUCAAAAAAUCAGAUAAUAGAAUGCAUCCCUCCUUCACACACACACACACACACACACACAUUUCCGCCCUUUCUAACACCUUUCACGCGCAUUUAUGAACUCAUUCAAACACACACUCACACACACACACUCCUCCCCCUCUGCCAGUUUGCACACGGAGGAGGCCCUCGUUUCUCUGUUUUUUAUUGCACAUAGUAACAUGAAUGAUUCAGUGAGGAAAAAGAGACUCGUUCGCCUCAGCCGAGGCCCUUGAUUCUUCCUCUCAGGAGGGAGAUGUGUGAAGGGGAAAAUUAAUUUACACAGGGUCUGACGAACUUUUCACAUUCAUCGAUGCGAUGGCUCGGAUCCGGUGCGGAGGUGAAAAGGCAUCUGAAAUAAGAGCACACGCUUCCCCGGUGGGAUUAAUCUCCGCUACAGUCGCCCUCCCGGACCGUUUCCUGUCAAAUGCUAAUCGCCACACGCAGUCUGAUUUCAGCGCAGGAGAACAAGUAUUGAUGUGCCUGAUGAACGUUUUAGAAAUGUUUCUUAUACGUUUCCAUGGGUUUUAAACGUCCCGGUGAGGUCCUGGAGCUCCAGCGUCCUGCUCUGUCGAGUUCCCGUACGCCGGAAGUGUUUCAAACACAG